AGCCGGCUGCUUGUGUAAUUUCAUCUUUCUCUUUCGCGAGGGAUCCAUAUUCUUCGAUCCAAGCAAGCAAGCAAGCUUCCACAAGUCCAAAGUAUUUCUUCUCGAUUCAAAAGCCUAGCUGUUCGGAGCAGUUUCAUCUCUAAACAAUUUCAAAGGUAGGUUUAGUUUAUAGGUUUUGAUGAUUUCUCCCGUAUAAUAAAUAAUAAACGCACGAUUUCAUAACCCUAUUUUCCAACGCAACUUUAAAUAAUCGACCGUGAAAAUAUAUAUCUUUGGGGAUGUCGAAUGUAUCUUCGUCUUCCGCCCCUUCGAGCUCCUCUUCCUAUCCCGUAGUUUCGGCUCCUUCCGUCUCCUCCCAAUUCACUUAUGCAGGCGGAUCGUAUUUUCCUGUCCCUUUUCACCUUCAGCAACAACCUUACGUCGGUGCUUCUGCUGCUGCUGCUCCAACCUCUCUGCAAGUACCAGCGCCCCGGCUUCCUUCGGUCUACCCCGCUCCUGCUCCCGCUCCCGUCCCUGGUGUUUACGCCCUCCCGCAGUAUCAACAGGCACAGCAGUUGUUUCAAAGGGAUGCUCAGACAAUUACUCCUGAAGCUCUAGAGAGUGUGAAAGCUGCUCUUGCGAAUAGUGAAAUUGAACACAAAGCAGAAACAAAAAAGAAAGCAAUACCACGCAAAGCUGCUGGACAAAAUUGGGAGGACCCAACUCUCUCAGAAUGGCCUGAAAAUGAUUAUAGACUGUUUUGCGGUGAUCUUGGAAAUGAGGUGAAUGAUGAUGUUCUCUCUAAAGCAUUUUCUCGAUUUCCUUCGUUCAACAUGGCUCGGGUUGUCAGAGAUAAGCGAACUGGGAAAACUAAGGGCUAUGGUUUUGUUAGUUUUUCUAACCCUUCAGAUCUUGCUGGUGCUUUAAAGGAAAUGAAUGGCAAAUAUGUAGGAAAUCGACCAAUUAAACUUAGGAAGAGCAACUGGAAGGAGAGGACAGACAGUGAUGCUCUAGAGAGGCAAAAGCACCACACUUACAAGAAAGCUAAACCUGUAAAAAAGAGUGUGCUACAUCGUUGACCAAACAACAUACGGGAGAUGAUAGACAAGGUCAUGUUUUGCAGAUGUGAGAGUGAAGGCAUGAUGCUGUUUCAGAAUUUUUCAGUUGGGAUGGGGGUGGUGUGAAGAACACAUUUGUUAAGAAGGGUUUGUUCUCGAUUAAUGUAUAAGUUUGAACAUGAUGCAUCUAUCAUAUCCUCUCUUUUCUUUUCUUUUCUUUUGCUGUCUGGGACAUGCAAAAACACUGAAAGUUGUACUUAAAGAGAGAUAGAUUCGAUAUUCUAUUGGCAUUAUUUGUCUGUUAACAAAUUUGAGUUACUAAUACAUGAAUGAAUGGAAUGCUCACUUGAUCAAU